AGUCGCGCACAGUGUUGCAUUCGAAAAAGAUUCCCUCUUUUCUAGAUAUUUAAACGUCAAAAGAGUGAAGUGUCAUCCAUAAACAAUGGGUAAUACGGAGAGCAAUGUUACGAGCGGCGUGAAGAAGCAAACGGAUACGUCGUCCAUCAUGCUUUAUAAAUUAGUCGAUUUAAAAGUGGUGGUUGUGUUUGUUGAUAUGAUGAAAAGAGCCACUCAAACAAAGCAGUUUGCGGAAUUAGAUCAUGCAAUUAGAACGAAAGUCGAACCUUUUUUGUACAACAAAGGAAAGGGCAAAUGGAUACCUAUAGAUAAAUUGGUCCUCUUACGAAAUAAAGAUCGCUCGCGACACAAAAUGCUACCACCGUUAAAAACUAUGGAAAAUCCAGCGGAUUACGAUAUAGAUAAAGAUAUGGGCGAUGAAGAAGUUGAUGAACUAAGAUAUAAAAGCAAAUAUAGAUUAGUGUGUUGGAAUUUGAGUGAUAGAGGUGCCGUUGGCGAAACUAUUUUGCAUUUAUGUAUGCUAAAUGCUACUGCCCUCCACGCUGAUUUAGCAAAAAGACUGCUACGUUUUCUAUCCGAAGCUAUACAUGAUAUUUAUCUAUGCGAUGAAUAUUACGGAGAAAAUGUGUUACAUAUUGCUAUUGUGAACGAGGAUCCGUCGAUGGUGAUCCUUCUCGACAGCGGUGCGGACGAUCCGAUGAUUAUUCACGAGAGAUGCUUCGGUAAUUUUAUGUGCCCGGAGGAUCAGAAAGCAUCGCGAUUUGAUAGUCAAGAGCACGAGUGGGUGUGCGUUACACCGGAAACCAAUUAUGACGGAUACGUUUAUUGGGGAGAAUAUCCCUUGAGCUUUGCUGCAUGCCUUGGUCAAGAAGAAUGCUACAGACUUAUUCUCGCCAGAGGCGCGGAUCCUGAUAAGCAGGACACAAAUGGGAACACGGUUUUGCAUAUGCUGGUGAUAUACGAAAAAUUGACUACGUUCGACAUGGCUUAUGAAGUUGGAGCUUCUCUAGACAUAAGAAACAUCCAACAUCUGACUCCGUUGACUCUGUCAGCAAAGUUGGCUAGGGUAGAAAUGUUCUUUCACAUUCUGAACAUCGAGAGAGAAAUAUAUUGGCAGAUCGGUAGCAUAACUUGUGCAGCCUAUCCUUUAUCACAAAUAGAUACGAUUGAUGUUGAUACGGGAACGAUCAACAACAACUCUGCUUUAAAUUUGGUUGUUUUUGGCGAUAAAGAUGAACAUUUAGAAUUAAUGGAUGGCGUCCUAGUUGAUCUUCUAAACGCCAAGUGGAACACUUUUGUUAAAUUUCGAUUCUACCGUCAAUUCAUUCUCUUCUACUUCUACUUUGUGCUGUCGCUGAUUAGUUUCACCCUUCGCCCUGGCCCGCAAUCAGACGAAAACGCGAAUGAUACAUUGACGAGCAACUUUAAUAUGACAUCGAUGGAAUCCGCGAUUCUCAAAUCGCUCCAAAGUUCGGAUCUGUCAGAAUUGAAUAUUUUUAUGGGAAGCUUUUUUAUUUUUCAUGACAAUAUUAUAUGCUUGGACAGGUGGGACUAUCUUAUGGAGGAAUGCAGGCUGAUGCAGUUGACAACAAUGAGCGCGAAGAUUCGUUUGGCUGGGGAAGUUGUCAUGUUUGUUGCAGCAGUGCUCUAUAUCUUGGCUGCGUUGCGAGAGGCGAGAUUUUUAGGUCUUAACAUGUUCUUUGAAAAUCUCAUGACGGCGCCGUCACGCGUCAUGUUUCUGUUCUCAUGCUGCAUCUUACUGUCAUUUCCGUUUCUGAGAUUUUCCUGCUCGGAUGAGGUCGAAGACAAGCUGGCAGUCGUGGUGAUGCUUACCACGGGACCAUAUUUUUUAUUCUUCUGCCGAGGCUUUAAGACAGUCGGCCCGUUUGUCGUCAUGAUUUACAGAAUGAUUAUGGGCGAUCUCAUCAGAUUCGUCUCUAUCUACCUUGUCUUCGUAAUGGGAUUCUCCCAAGCGUAUUAUAUCAUAUUUUUGUCGUUCGACAAUCCGAACACUCCGGAAGGUGUUGACGAUUCGAUAUCGAAUCCAAUGCCAACGCCGAUGGAAAGCGUUAUGGCGAUGUUUCUGAUGAGCAUGACGAAUUUUGGCGAUUACUUUGGCGCGUUUGACAGAACCGAGCAUGAAUUCGAAGCCAAGCUGCUGUUUGUGUUAUAUAUGGCGAUCGUGGCAAUCCUGCUCGUAAACAUGUUAAUUGCUAUGAUGGGCAACACUUACCAGAAGAUCGCUGAAACCAGGAAUGAGUGGCAACGACAAUGGGCGCGUAUCGUCUUGGUCGUGGAGAGAGGUGUAAGUCCAGCUGAAAGAUUAAAAAAAUUGAUGGAUUAUUCUCAGCCCAUGUCAGAUGGUCGUAAAGCAUUGGUUCUUCGAUUAAAUCAAUCUGAAGAAGACAAGGAAGAAAUGAAAGAGAUACUUGAGAUGAAAACAACCCACAAUAAAUUAAUAAAGAAAAGACAAGACAGAAUAGCAAAGGAGAAAGGCCUAUCUGAAACGGAAGCUAUUAUUACUAGGAAAUAAAAUUAAUUAAGAAGUAUUUCAUUUAGUCUUAAUUAAUUAUUGCGUAUUGUACUCUUAUUACAAGUUAAUUACUUAAUUUAAUUUUUGGCUAUAUCAGAGAAUUGUACAAUUGU